AUGUCAAAAUUAAAUACAUUCGUCUUCAGUAUUCAUUCAAAUUUAUGUCUUGAUGAUUUAGAUUAUUUACCAUCAAAUGUUGACAUUCGACGUACAUUUAAAGGCCUUGAAGAUUAUCAAAUUAUAUCCUAUAUCGAUUAUUUUCCAAAUGAUAAAAUUGAUCAGCGUCAUAUUUAUUCACAUUCAUAUAGAAUGAGUUGUUUAUAUCGUCUUACAAAUAAUUUUCCAGGUGGAUUAUUCAAAUUUGUUCGCUAA